AUGUGGCUAAUCAACACGACGACACUCAACCUUGAAUGCUUUAUGUUUCCUAAUGUCCCCCAGUAUGAAAUUCUGUCUCACACUUGGGGUGAUGAGGAAGUUAGUUUCCAGCAGUUCAUUAACCUGGAGGAGGCGAAGAUGAAAGGUGGUUUCGCGAAGAUCGAGAAGACUUGUCAACUUGCCAAAGCGAGUGGCAUCAAAUACGCUUGGGUGGAUACUUGUUGCAUUGAUAAGCUGUCAAGCGCCGAGCUCUCUGAGUCAAUCAACUCUAUGUAUUGCUGGUAUCAGCGGGCACACGUAUACUACGCGUUCCUGAGCGAUUGGCGACCAGAAUAUGACUGGGUUGACAUGAAGUCUCUUAAGGAUAGCGAACUGAACAUCGAAGACCCUGCCUAUGAAAGCGCUGGUUCAGAUCCCUCAGCUCGCCCUCUCAGGUGGUUUACCCGGGGGUGGACGCUUCAGGAACUCAUUGCGUCAACCAAGAUAGAGUUCUACGAUCGUACCUAG